GCGACUCAGCGGCAAACAACCCCCUUAACUUGUCGGAUUCGACAAAAGUUGUUGAGUGGGCGUUCUGCAGCUUCCGGCAGAUUGGUGUGGUAGCGCCCGUGUUGCUUUGAUUGUUUUCUAAACAAAACUGCCUCGGCUAAAACAUUACAGUAGAUUAACCCAUUUUUGUGACUGGCGUCCUGCUCGAAGAAGACUGUUGAAAUAAUUGCGCUGACGAAACACAAUAUUUUCCCAAUGACACGAACUUUUAGCUCUCCCUUCCCCUUUCGUGUGCUGCUCCUUGGCAGUCGCGCGGCGUAUGGGGGUGGCGCGCGUAAGCGGGUUGUAAACGUAAAUAUUGACUGUAAACAUUGAGCUUUCUCUGUGUGUUUGUGUGCGCAUCAGAGUGUGUGUGUGUGUGUGUUUCCGUGUGAGCCGCCGUUUGUGUAUGUGAACUCUGGACUGUUCUUUGUUUCCGACGCCUUCAUCGCGCCCCAAGUGCGGAAGGGGGAUGUGGGGGGUUUGAAAUGCGUUUUGCACCAGAAACGCUUUGCACGGCUGAAGAAGAUCCUUCGUCCGGUGCAUUAACGCGUAUGCUUGGAAGGUUCACACAGAGGCAUUUGGUUGAACGGUUUAUGCCAAUCGUAGUGUGCUGCGAACCGCGACGGAAUCGGUCGAGAGUUGAUGAGAGGGAGACCACAGUUAUACAACAGAGCCACGUUUAUCAGCGGGCGUUAUAUCAGUCUUGAAACUUCGGCCAAGGGUCGACAAAGCUAAGCGCCUGCCUCUUGUGGCCGUGGCCGCCGUGCAUGUGUGUCCGAGUGAAGUGAGCCCAAGUUUGUGUUUAAAUUUUUAAUAGUAUUGAAUUGCAUAUUCGGCAAGGAUAUUGUGAUGGUUGUGUGAAAGGGAAAUAAGUUAGAGCUCAGUUCCGCAAUGACAACACAGAAAGCAAGCCAUGAUGAACCUUCAACUGUGUCUUUCUCUUUCUUGUUUUCCUCCCUUUUCUUUCACAAAAAAACGUAAUCUGCAAUGUUUUCUUCCUUCAAGAACGCGUUGUAAAGAAUACAUGACGCGAACAAGUUACAUAUGCGGCUGCAAUUUAAAGCAUAUGGAACUAGAAGGACCCACCACAGUAGGAAAAAAGGAAGGAAGUAAAUCCGAAUGGCUCACCGUUCGUUGAUUGACAGAAGAGCGUGUACUGUAGGAUAAAGCUAUCCUACAAUAAGAAACAACCACACUACUAGGUGAGAUCGUUGAACGAGCAGAGAGUGCAUAAGUGCAAUAAGGUAGAACGGUUGCCGAAACCUACCAGAACCACCGUCAGCCGUGUAACCGUCCCCGUGAGCACCCGUCAAGACCACGCACCCGUCAGAUCGUAUCGAUGGCGUCGAGUCCGCGAGCAGGUGGUGCCGCCCAGCGCCCGAACGGUGCGACACAGAACAAAAUCUGUCAGUUUAAGCUCGUCCUGCUGGGCGAAUCGGCCGUCGGCAAAUCGUCGCUGGUGUUACGCUUCGUCAAGGGCCAGUUCCACGAGUACCAGGAAAGUACGAUCGGUGCCGCUUUCCUCACACAAACCCUCUGCAUCGACGAUACGACAGUGAAGUUCGAAAUCUGGGACACUGCUGGACAGGAAAGGUACCACAGUUUGGCGCCCAUGUACUACCGAGGUGCACAGGCCGCGAUCGUGGUGUACGAUAUUCAAAACAGUGAUAGCUUUGCGAGGGCCAAAACGUGGGUCAAGGAGCUUCAAAGACAGGCAUCGCCAAACAUUGUGAUUGCAUUAGCCGGUAACAAGGCCGAUCUGGCAAACAGUCGCGUCGUGGACUACGAGGAGGCCAAGCAAUACGCUGACGACAAUGGGCUACUAUUUAUGGAGACAUCCGCCAAAACGGCCGUCAAUGUGAAUGAUAUAUUCCUUGCAAUAGCUAAAAAGUUACCCAAGAACGAGGGUGCUGGACCGCAGCAAAACAUUAGACCAACGCAAAACGAAACCAAUAGGCAGAACAGCGGCUGCUGUGCUGUGAGCAAGUGAUGUUAUUCAGCAGCAACUGGACUGUUGAAUGCGUGUGAAAACUGCUGCAUGAAAAAUUGUAUAAUGGUAAUUAUCGUUACGUUGAAGCAGCCGGCGGCGGCGUUGGUGGUAGUAAAGUUAAUGCCGGCGGCUGGCGUUGGUAUGAUAAAGAUGAUGAGUAAAUUGAUAGGAGGUAAGACCGAUUCCAAACUAGUUAUGGCAUACCAGAAAAACACAGUAAAGCAUUAUAUUUAAAGGAAAAACACACUCAAGAAAAUAAACAGACAAAAAAAAAACAAACAAACAAAAACAAAACAAUUGUAGAAACAAAAGCGAGAUCGAGGGAAGAAAGGAAGAAGAGGAGGUAAAAAGUAAACAACAACAACAACAAAAAUCAUCCGUAUUUUUGGGGGCAGAAACGAACAAAACUCACAUAAAAAGAAAAACAGAGAGGCAUAGUAGGCAAGGACGAAAAAAAAAUGCAAUUGUUGCAGAAUUAUGGAUGCAGUGACGGACGGACGGACGGACGGGUCCAGAGUGUGCUGAGAUCGAUCGUACUACACGUGCGUGCUGCUGCCGCUGCUGAUGCUGCUACUGUAGGUGAAUUGAUUGAGCGAGCGAGCAAAAGGAAGCAGAAAACCGGGAACGCUCAGCUAGCUGCUGCACACCCCCCGUCGGUGGUUUAGUUUAAUUGGGAUGUAGAAAGCAGAUAUUUUAUUUGAGUCUACGCGGUGAAAUGAUAAUAUAAUAGUAAUAUUAAUAUUCACACUAUACUACUAGCAAACGAGCCGCGCGCCAGCAUGCAUAUACCAACACCACCACCAUCACCACCACCACAACCUCCACGACUACCACCACCAUCAAGGUGCGGAUUACCCGCCAUGCCGAAAUACCACUAAUACUACUACUCUUUAGACAAGAUAAACCAUUCAGGCAGAUAACAGCCACAGGGUCACACAAAGAAUAUUAUGUGCAAUUUGGAAGGAAUCAUAAUUUGGACGCAAAUCCGUAAUUGAAUUGACAGAACGCAAUAAUACAGGAAGCGAAGCGUGGAAACAUCACACGAUCAUCUGGAGAAUUACACUUGGUUAAACCACAAACGAAAACUGACGAAAAUAGUACCCGAUUUCUGUCUAUCCUUUGGUUCCUCCUCUCCCUCUCUGUUGUUGUAUUGAACAUCGCGUUAAACUUUGACCCUUUAGGAGCUUCCCACACUCCACUGUGUGUCGUUUGCUAAAAAGCUAAGCUUAUAACUGUUGCAUUUGAUGAUCCGUUUGCUUUAUGUGGCCAAAAGGGAAGUUGCCUUCUAUUUUCUUUCACAACAUUCUAUUCGUAAUUUGCGUAAUUUCACGCAAACUCGGUUGGUUGGAUGGGGGUUGGGACAUAAAUUCAGAAAAGCACACACAACAAAUAUGAAGCGAACGAUGGAGGCGAAAUAGGAGGUUUAAUUAGUUUAACAACUUGAUCGAUCAGUCAAUCCCAGAGUACACGGAGUAGCAGGACAAAACUACACACACACACUACUGCAUACAAGCCACAGAUUACAAAAGUUGCGCUAGAGUUGUACCACGAAGGUGUGCAAAUUGAUUGGAAAUUUUGGAAAACACUUCCAAAAACUUGUUUGUUGUGUGUGUGUGUGUGUGUGCGCUAAGCGGCAUAUGUUUGGAAGAAUGUAAUCUUUAAGAGGCGCAAUUGUCGUUAGAUCAGAAACCCUUAUCACAACAAAAAAGCAGACAAAACACGGUGGUGACAAAAGACAGGGAACAGGGGGGGGGGGGGGGGAGAAAGAGACGAAACGAAAACGAAUUCAAAGUUCCGUGCUAUUCGUGUGUGUUGUUUAACUAUGAGACACUUUUUUGUAACAGUUCUCCGAUGAGCGUUGAGAUAGAGAGAGGGAGAGAGAGAGAGAGAGGCAGGGAGAGCAUGAAGAGCAGGAAUCCUUUCUUUCGCUUCCUUCCGUUUGGCCUUCCCUUGGUUGGCUUUGUGAAGCUGGCGCAAUUAUGAUGUUUGACUGUGCUAAAACACGGUCGAAUUCAAACGUGUUUGGUUGGUGGUGAUGAUAGUGUGCUUGAUUUGUAAAAGAUUCCCAAAUAAAAAAGGACCUCUUCUCCCUUUACACACAGACACACAUCCCCCGUUUAAAAGACGUAAUUCGUACUAGCGAAGAGUUAACAGCGCUGUUUAUUAUUGGCAAUAGAGUGUGUACACGACGGCUCCUCCGGUGCUAGUAGUAUCUAUAGAGCGAGAGCGAGGGAGAGUGAGAGAGGCAUGAAUAGAGAGAAACACUCAUACACAUUUAACAUAAUGAAAGAUACAGAACUCCCAUAUUUCCCUUCAUUACAGAGUUUUACAGGAGUUCUCAUAGUUGUGGGACACUGCUUAGACUAUUUUCUUAUAGGAAAUGAACUUCAUAUGAUGGACUUGGAAAUUCCUAUUGGAUUCGUUCAAUAAGGAUGCUAUAGAAUCAAAUUCCCAUUAAAUUAAGUUCGUUUUAUUUAAGAAGGAGUCAAUAAAGUGUCCCACAGCUAUGAGAUCUACUGGUAAACCCUGCAUGGAUACCACUAAAAGCAACCCAAAACGUUACAAACGUCUUUUCCAAGAAAGCAGCGAGCAGUGUGGAAGCGCAUCAUUCAACGGCAAGCUGCACAGUAACGAACACACAAACACCUCCACCAAACACGAACCAACUAACCAACCAAACAGCGCCACCCCAAAAAAAAACUCAUCACUAUUCUACUCUACAUAACACACACCCAAAAACUAAAAAUCAAACGCGCCCGAAGAAGCGAAGAAGCUCUGCAGAAAAGUGCUAUAAAAGUGCGCAGGAAACGCAGGUGGAUGGGAGAGGGGGUGGGGGGGUGCAUCCCACUCCCACCCUUUUUCGAAGUUCGAAGUCAAUAAAGAGGAAACAUGAUACACAUUCUGUA